CCACACGAUCCAAAGUCCAAACAAAUCAAAUUCCUCAUCAUCAUCAUCGACAUCGUCAUCUUCUCCUUUCUCUCGGGAAUAAUCUGCCAUCUCUCUCAUGGGCUUUUCCAUUCUUCGAACUUCCCCUCUCUCUUCCUCUCGAGCUUUUCUCUCCAACCCCACACCCUUCCCCGCUCUUCUCCACUCUUCGCCCCACUUCCUGCUCUUCAAAACCCAUUUCCAAUCUUCUUUCGCCAUCUCCGCUACUCCUUUCGCUGGGGCUUUUGCUCUGAGACCCCGUCGCUUCCGUCAGGGCCGUGUUUUGGCCAUGUCUUCGCCUAAUUCUGUCCAGAAAUCGGAGGAGGAGUGGCGUGCCAUCCUCUCGCCGGAGCAGUUUCGAAUUCUCCGGCAGAAAGGAACAGAGUAUCCAGGAACUGGCAUUUAUGACAAAUUCUAUGACGAGGGAGUUUAUCACUGUGCCGGAUGUGAGGCACCCCUUUAUAAGUCGAAUACGAAAUUCAACUCUGGUUGUGGUUGGCCAGCAUUUUUCGACGGUAUCCCUGGAGCCAUUAAAAGCACUCCUGACCCUGAUGGGAUGAGAACUGAAAUCACAUGUGCUGCUUGUGGUGGUCAUCUGGGUCAUGUUUUUAAAGGAGAAGGCUUUCGAACACCCACAAAUGAGCGCCAUUGUGUCAAUAGUAUUUCACUCAAGUUUUCUCCCUCUCAGUGAUUUCUAUUCUCUAAUCUCUAUGUUUUUUUUUCCUUAAUCAUGUGAUUAUAUUUAGAACCUUACUUACUCAAUAAGUUUACUAUUUCAAAGGGAAGGAAAAGAGAUUUUCUUCUUUUCUAUGUACAUUCUUGUGGUGUGAAGCUAAAUUUCUUCUGUCUCUAUUCUCGCGAUUUCAAUACGUAAUGAAGUGCUACAACUCUUGUUGAAUUUCA